AUGACAUAUGUACGCAAGGGCUCAAAGACAAGGGCACAGCAACACCGGUCUGUGCAAAGCAGGGAUCUGCUAUGGGUCAGUGUAAAUGGCUGCCACAUUCUCAAUGUGUACAGACAGCCUGGGACAGACGCAGUCAUGGACUAUCUGACCAAUCUGAGCCCACCAGCCCGCUGUCUGAUAGGUGGGGAUAUCAACGUACGGCAUGAUGCCUUUGAACCAGGGGCAGUGAAUCUGCACCGAGGCGGGGAGCUUGUCCAAUGGGCCAGUGAACAUGGGAUGGACUUUGUGGGAGAGAUAGGGGUUCCGACUCAUGCAGCAGGUCAUGUGAUUGAUCUCACCUUCUCCAAUGUGGCCUUUGCUUCCACUACAGUGCGUCAAGAUCUACACUGCGGCUCAGAUCACCAGUCUAUGAUCACUAUGCUGCCAACAACACCUCAAACACAGCUGAGUGAUGCUCGGAUCAAGAUCACAGACUCUCAGCUGGAGCCCUUUGCAGAUCUUGUCAGAGGUCUCAUGGUGGACAUGCCUUGCCCAGAGGGGGUUGGAAAUGUGGCACAGCUUGAUGAUCUGGCCCAGCACUUCACUCAGAGUCUUCUGGCUGCAGCUCAGGCAGUCAGUAAGCCAGCUCAACAAGGGCGGACCACAGCCCCCUGGUGGACAGCAGACUGCCGAAGAGCGCACCGAGAGCUCACUACUCACCAGACAGAGGCCGCGAAGCACCAGUUCAAGGAUGCAGUGCGCAAGGCCAAGCGUGCAUACUGGAGGCAGGUGAUCAAUGGCGCCAGAGAUGGUAGAGACCUGUACCGGGUGGUGGCAUGGCAUAAGCUGGAACCCAACCUCAGAGCACCCCCUCUGGUGAUUGGGGAUCAGGUCAUAGAAGAGACAGCCGCCAAAGCUGAGGCACUUCAACAAGCAAUUCUGAAGCGAUACAACUCAGCUGAUGAUCUGGAGUAUGACCCACUGGAUGAUGAGCACUGGAGCGGCAUGGGGAACCUGCCCUGGAACCCCUGGAUUGGGAUGGAGAUGGAGCGCAACACCAUUGGGGUACAGAGCACCUCCCCAGGCACAGAUGGAAUCACAGUGAGGAUGCUCAAAGCAUGCUGGCAGCAUGUGUCCCUCUUUAUACAGCAGCUAUACAACUGCUGCCUCCGGCUCUGCCACUUCCCACGAGCCUGGAAACUGGCAGAGGUGGCAAUGAUACCCAAGGUGGUCAGCCCACAGCAUGGGGGGGCGCUGCCCAGACGAUCUGCAAUGGACCUGGUAGCUGCUUUCACUCAUGAGGUGGAGGCAGCCUUCGCACAAAACAAGGAAGUGUCCAUGGUCACAAUGGAUGUGCAGGGUGCCUUUGAUGCUGUGCUGCGCAGGCGGCUGCUUCAGCGGAUGGCGCAGCAGGGGUGGCCACGCGAGCUGCUGCAGCUCAUUGACAGUUUCCUCACUGAACGCAGAGCUCAGGUCCGGCUGGAGGGGACCACCACAGCAGCACAUCAGAUGCAAUGUGGCACGCCACAGGGGUCUCCUUUGUCACCAAUACUGUUCCUUCUGUACCUGGCAGAGCUGCUGUGGCAAAACUCGGAGUUGCGCUUUGGCUAUGCGGAUGAUCUGAACAUCUGGCGGGCGACCCACUCACUUGACAACAAUGCCACCCUUCUCAGACAGGAUAUACAGAGUAUUCUGAGGUGGGGGGAGAUAAACAAGGUGGCCUUCGCACCAGAGAAACUUGAGAUGAUCCAUCUUACAAGAAAGCGACACAAUGAGGCACCAGCAGUAGUUGUGUCUGAGGACCUCACUGUUCACCCUGUUACUGCCCCAGCUGGACAGGAGCCAGCACUUCGCUGGCUGGGUGUACACUUCGACAGAAGGCUCACCUGGAGACCACAUGUCUCCACCCGGGCAAAGAAGGCAAGGGCCGUGGCCCAGCACAUCCGGAGUCUGGGAAAGACCAGAGACGGGCCCCCAGCAGACGCUCUGCGGAAGGCGGUCACCACCUGCGUGGUUCCCUCACUGCUCUAUGGCACAGAGGCCUGGUACGGCGGCCGCACGCAGCCAGCAAGGCACACGGGCGGGAGUGGGGAGGUUAGCUCCCGCCUGGGAUGGCAUGUGGGGACAGUUGAGAAGGUGCUUACUAUGGCAGCCAGAGGGGUCCUCCCAGUUUUCCGUACAACGCCCAUCGCUACCCUAUACCGGGAUGCUGGGCUCCCAUCAGCAAUGGUAGCUCUGGAGGAGGCCAAAAUUCGAUUCGCGACAAGGCUUCAGGUGGUGGAUGAGAAGCACCCACUGGCUUCACGGAUAGCACCUCCAAUGAUCACACGAGGAAGAGGGGCUGGAACCCGGCAGCGCUCAAAGACCAAGAUCCAGCGGUUGGGGGCGCUGCUACCUGCAGUCAAUAGACCCACACUUGCCAUCCCACACUACUCAGAGGGAUGCGGGACAGACCCCACAGAGGGUGUAGACAAAAAGAGUGCUGCUCAGGCAUUCAAGAAAUGGUGGAGAAGUCAACCCUCAACAGAUCUAUAUGUUUUCUCAGAUGGAUCAGAACGGAGCCUUGACAACAGCAGGCAGGCAGUUGGUGCCUGCCGGGCAUUGGAGUGCGCCGUGAAGCUCCUACCUUGUGUCACAGAGGACAGCAGCAACCCUCAGAUCUGGCUCUGCCUCGACAACACCUCAGUCAUCUGGGGCAUACGGGGCAGUGCAGCAGCCUCCUCAAACUGGGCCUACAACCGCUGCCAUGAGCUCCUCAGACAGCACAAUGUCGGCCUGAAAUGGGCUCCUGGGCAUAUGGGGAUAGAGGGCAAUGAGGAAGCAGACCGCUUGGCUAAGCGGGCAGUCUCAUCCACUGCAGCCCCAGCCUAUGGUCUCGAGGCCACACCCACAGUCAGUGGGGUCCGCACAGUGGCCAAGCAGCUCAGCCAAGAGGCAAGGCGAAAGUGGUGGAGUGGAGCCUGUGGCAGGCUCUCUGACUGGUACCGGGGCUGGAGUUUCAGCAGGCCGACUGUGGAAUACCAAGUGAAGGCCCCUCCGGAGCUCACCAUGCCACGGCAUGCCCUUCACCGCUGGCUCGCACUCCGCUCCUCUCAUGGGGACUUCUCCUGGUACCACAGGCGUUUCCAGCAUGCAGAUGCGAGGCUCACCUGUGUCUGUGGACACAACAAGAGCCCAGAACAUUUGGUGCUCUGUCGACACUCACAGAGGCACUUUCUUCACUGGCCCAAGAGGCCAGCAGCACGGCCACACAACCGGGCGACAGCUGUUGCCUAUCUAGGGUCUCUGACCCCUACAGACUUUGUAGAACUGCUGGACUGCACGCAGUUCUACACACGGUACUGCACAAGGUAA